AUGGCCUCGGGUUUCGUGAUAGCGCUGUUGAGCGCCAUCCAGGCGGCCGCCUCGGUGUUGGUGACCAUCGGCAUCGGCGUUGCGUCGGCUCAGUUCGAUCUGCUGACGCCCGAAUCGGCCAAGGACAUCUCCCAUAUCUGCGUCAAUAUCUUCCUACCCUUCGCAACCGUUACGUGCAACAACACAACAUCGCUGCCUCUCUUCCUCAUCCAAUCUCUCGACAGCACCGGCGUGCUCGACUCAAUCUCCAGCGGAAACAAAAACAUCGCGGACAAGCUAAGGUCCUACUUCCUCGUGUUCGCCGUCGCCAACAACAUCUUCACGUUUGGCGCCGGCGAGCCUGCCAUGAAGGGCUUCUCCAACGAGACGUUCUUCUCCACCCUGCGCAAGCUGCGGGAAAAGAUUGUCGGCAAGACCCCAAACGACGAAGAAGCGCAGGGGAGUGACGGCGACGACGAAGACGAUGACGACGAGCAAGACGGGCAACGGCCCCAAGGCUCGGGACAGGACGGAGAAACCACGCCCCUUCUCCCGCAGAAUUUCAUCCGCUGGGAGCAAAGGACCAAAUCCCCCGGCGCCAUUAUCGGCCUCGUCCCCGCGCUCCACAAGCUCUUUUUCGACCCUAUGCAGGAAGGAGGAUACUUCAAGGGCUGGCUCACGAGCUCUCUCAAGAACGUGGGAGAAUUGUUCGUCUUGAUGCCACUCCUGAGCAUACCCAUAAUCUGGGUUCUGGCCAAGAAGACCGACGUCCUGCCUAGCGAUCCGGCAGUAUGGUUCGCUAUGAUGCUUAUGCCUGUCGGCCCGCCUGCAAUGAAGCUCAUCGCGCUAGCCGACGUGAACGGUAUUAACGGAAGGACGAGAAUGUCAAUCGCUAAGCUUCUUACGUUUGCAUAUGCCGUCACGCCGCUGGUCGCUUUGACGGUUGUAGCCGCUCUUCGCGCCACGGAGUCCAUUAAAGGGUGA